CAACAUGAGCCGCUUCUAGUCUUUGCCAACAUGAUUCACGACCUAAGUGCUAAGUGUAUUAGCUUUGGUGUCAGCGAUGCUAAAAAGAUGAUUCGUUGAGGGAAACAAGUAGUACCCUCUGUGGAUGUCUCAGUAACACUGCUUGACUAGAGGGAAGACAAAUGAGAGGUUUGAAAGUUGUUUAGAUUUGACAUUCAUACAGUGAAUUUGAGGAACACGUUUAAAUAGUAGAUAGAUAUUGGUUUUAUCAUAGAUUAAUCGAUUUUUGAAAACUGAACAGAGUCGAAAGUCCACUUCGGAGACUAGAUUCGAAUCUGAGCUAACGGAAUCAGAUGCAUUUUCUGGAAAGAAUUAUCACAUCGAACAGGACACAUUUUUUUCUUUUUCCAUAGCAAGAUAAGAGCCAGAAGAUCCUUUUCUGCGACUAUCUUUCUCUGAUCUCAGUGCUUGAAAAUUCGAGAGAGCGAAACCCUGAGAUACUCAGGCAAAGCACGUUCUUAAAGUCCACUGGCGAAGUAAUCUUUAGUUGAACACAAACGUCUAAAACUGUGAAACUUGAUCACAACAACAAGGCCGAGGUAUAGUUUACGCGAACAAAAGAGGAAAAAUUAUAAAGUAUGACUAGACAAUUGCUAUCCUAGUACAUGUCUCUUUCUAAUAUCAAACCACUAACAAGAAGAAGCCUAUGUCAAUCAACAAGUGCAGCAUGUCAGAAUGGGCAAAAAAAAAGACCGUGAUAAAAACGUGCAAAAUUCAAGAAUGGUUUGAAACUCUAGCCGCUCGACGCUAUAAACUCAAAGGUCUCCUGUUUGAUUACAACAAAAAGAUUUCAUCUGCAUAUCUUCGAUUUCGUUGCCAAAGGCUUUUUCUCUCCAAAAUAUCCCUAUUAUCUCGCAAAAUGCUUCUGUUAUCUUAGCAGUCUACUUUUCUCUUUUAGCUCAAACGAUCAGAAAGCAGCUACAAUCACAUUUACAGUCGCUGAUAAAAACAUGCCAAUAACAGUAACGAUAAGAAACAAAACUGAUGAUGGUAUAUUAAAAUUAAACUGUUUCAAUAUGUUGACAAUUGAACGUUUACGUGAUAUAAGUUGUCUGUUAUUUAAUGAAGAAAGUGCAUACCACCGUUUAGAUGAUUCAGAAGGAUGUCGUAUGGAUGAAAAAGACACACUGGAUGAUGUUGACGAUGAAGCAAAUGAAUUUCAAUUUCAAUUUAUCUGCAAAGCAUCAGUCAAAUGUUCAAUUAAAUUUCAAUCAAAAGUAAUUGAACUACCAUGCUAUUUAAAAACACCAGUUGGUG